GUCAAAUGUCAAUUGACGGGAUAACGUAGCGUUUAUGUUGAGUAACCUUAUUUAUUUUUGAUGCAGAUUUUUUAAAAUUUGAACUCGGGGAUAGUUUCAUGAGCUUAUAACAAUAAGUAUCAAUUUGUAAGGGUAGAAGAGUAUCAAAGUACUUGUAAAUAAUUUCAAAAUGAAACGUACCUACGACUCCAUGAGCUCUUCCAUCGAAAUAAGUUCUUACCGUGAUCAACAUUUUAAGGGUUCAAGAGGCGAGCAAGAAAAGCUACUGCGUGCCUCAUCCACAUUGUAUAUUGGAAACUUAUCUUUUUACACAACAGAAGAACAAAUAUAUGAACUUUUUUCAAGAUGCGGUGACAUACGUAGAGUGAUAAUGGGGUUAGACAAAUACAAAAAAACACCUUGUGGUUUUUGUUUUGUUGAAUAUUAUGCAAGACCAGAUGCUGAAAACUGUAUGAGAUAUAUAAAUGGAACUCGAUUAGACGAUAGAAUUAUAAGAUGUGACUGGGAUGCAGGAUUUAUAGAAGGAAGACAAUAUGGUCGUGGAAAAACUGGUGGACAGGUUCGUGAUGAAUAUCGGACAGAUUAUGAUGGUGGACGGGGCGGUUAUGGUAAAAUUAUUGCCCAAAAAAUUACCCCAAAUACAUUGGAACGUUGAGUGGCAGAAAGAAAAUAUUGUGUGAAAUGUGCUAAAGACUGUAUUACAAUACAAUCCAUUCAAGGGGUUAAUUCUGAUUGUAUCUUUAAUAAACUAAUAAUAAGAAUUAUUUUAUACAA